UAACAUCUUAGUGUCCCGGCUUAUCUCGCCUGCAAGUGGUCCUCCUGCUGUUUAACGGAAGAGAUAGCAACAGAGAAGGAAAACUUGAAACAGACCCGGCUCGGUGCCAGCUGUUAUGCACCUUCAGCCAAUCCGACUCCGCGCGUAUUGACUUGUCUUUCCCGCGGAUCUAGUCGGUGAGGUCGAGAGAAAGCCACAGGUCUUGGGCAACCCUGUGUCUCUUCGUUUGUGUCCCAGGCGAUGCAGUGUCUGUGGAGAGGAAACUUCACCCGCGUUGCUUCAAACUAUUAUGGACAAGUUUUCUCGUGCCUGUGCUCUGUUCUCGAUGUCCAUCAAUCCCCGGAAAACUGUUGUGCUGGCUCAAGGGUGUGCAGAAAUACCGACAAUCCUGUUGGAGGGCGCCCCGCUGGAUUCAGUCGACAAGUUUUGCUACCUCGGGUCGACUGUGUCUAGCAAUAUCUCACCGGAUGCAGAAAUCGACGUUCGAAUCGGAAAAGCCGCAACGAUGUUUGGGAAGUUGAGUGCAAGAGUAUGGCAAAACAAACAUCUAACCAGGAAAACCAAGAUGGUUGUUUAUCAAACGUGCAUCCUGAGCAUAGUCUUGUACGGGGCUGAGACCUGGACAUCGUAUGCCAAGCACGAACGUCGUCUCAACGCUUUCCAUAUGCGCUGCAUCAGGAACAUAUUGGGCAUAUCUUGGAAGGACAGGGUCACGAACGAGAGGGUUCUUGAGAUUGCUCAGCUGCCCAGCCUCUUUGCGCUGCUAAAGCAGAGACGCUUACGCUGGCUGGGGCAUGUGCAUCGUAUGCAACCUUCUCGUUUGCCGCGGCGUGUUUUGCUUGGCGCCAUAGCUGAUGCCAAGAGAAGCGUCGGUCGACCGAUGCUACGGCAUAAGGACUGCGCCAAGCGAGACAUGCACGCCUUCAACAUCCCGGUUCAUCAAUGGGAGAAGCUUGCCGAGGACAGAGAUAAAGUGGCGCAAACUGGUGUCCGACGGUAGUAAAAUCCACGAUGACGCUUAGUUUAAGACACUCGCCAGUAAGCGAGCCAAGCGUCAUCAGCGCGACAACUGUUCGCCACGGGCACACUACACCUGCCUGUCUUGCGGUCGUGGUUGCCGCUCCCGUAUUGGCUUACACAGCCAUGUGAAACGUUGUCACCCUA